UAUGUCUAUCUUCACCCUUCUAAAGUUCAAAGGGUGCCCAAUAAAAAAAAGGUGAAGAUAUAAUUUGCACAAUCCAGAGAGCCGCCAGAACGAAAGCCUGUCUCUUCUCUAUUGAUGGGUCAUGGCUGAAUCGGCUGAUGCGAGGAUGUUUACAAUUUGAACUUUCUGAAAGGACCGCACACAAAGUGUUUGAUGAAAUUCCUGAACGGCUUUGUUUUGCGUUUUUCAAUAUUUCCAGCGUGUGUUUUGAUGUUUCGGACCCCGAAGUGACAUAGUGCAUUGUUCACUUUCAGCAAGUCAAACAGUUAAGGAACUACUUGUGUAUGAGUAUGGCUCUUGGGAAUGUUGCUGCUCUGCAAUUUUCGGCUUCUGCUCUUUUCGGGAUUCGUUCAGCAACUUCCAGCUUUCAACAACCCAUGCAGACCAGAAUAAAUAAGGAAAAGCUAUAUCACUGGUGCAUGCAAAUUUGCAUUCUGGGUUUACUGACAAAUGCUGUGAUUCAUGUAGAUUUCUCCGUGAAGCCGUUGGUAAUGAGAGCAAGGGGGAAUGCCCGAACAGAAAGUGCGAAAAUUCGAAACAGAAGAAUGCAAAAGAAGUAUAAUGGCACGCCUAAAAGACCACGGCUUUCGGUAUUCUGUUCAGGUAAACAGUUGUAUGCUAUGCUGGUAGAUGAUCAAAACAAGAACUGUUUGUUCUAUGGAAGCACUCUGCAAAAAUCUAUGCGUCAGAAUUCGCCUUGUAGUACCAGUGAAGCUGCUAAACGCGUCGGCGAGGAGCUCAUCAAGGCGUGCAACGAUCUCAACAUACAUGAAUUAUCAUCUUAUGAUCGCAACGGUUUUGCCACGGGGGAAAGGAUUCAGGCAUUUGAGAUUGCAAUUUCUGAACAUGGGUUCUUGCCAAGAUAGAUCUGCAUCUACUAUGUUAACUCUUGUUGAUAAUACAUGGAAUUGAAUUGUUCUUUUGCAA